AUUGUCAUAAGUCAAUGCAAGGCAAUCAAAAUAUUCCAUCCACAAUCGUCUCUCGUCAACUCUGGUGAGAAUAAAGGAAACUCGCCCAAUUUUCUAGUUUAGAAGUACAUGCUGGAUGACAACACCGACCGAUAAGAGAAUAAUUAAUGUAAAUACGGGGAUUACAAACUAAAGGAUUAUUACCGUAGAGAACAGUGUUUCAAAAAUGUCAGAAAGCAACAAAAAACCGGAAAGCUCGGGAGGCUCCGGCGACAAAGAACUUGACGACCUGCUCGACAGUGCCCUGGAGGAUUUCAGUAAACACUCGGAAGAAAGCCAAAAAUCAGCGAGUGCCUCAGAAUCACAGCAGCAUGAUGAUCCUCCAACCGAACAAUUAUGGAAUGAGGAAUUUAUCAGUUCACAGGCAAAAUUGUUCGAAGAAAAAAUGGCUUCCUUGUUCGGAGGAGGAGACGCAGUGGACGCGGAUCAGAUAGCACUCGGUUUCCAAAGAAUUGCAGAAGCAGCUGCCCUCGCUGUUCGUACCGAUCCAGCAACAAUGCCAACCGAUUCGGUGGAUCCCUCCGUUAGUCAGAGUAUUACAGAUGCUCUGCGUGGACUAAGUGAGGGUAGGGAAAAUCUUCAGGCACCGUUCAGUCCCGAGGACAUCGCAGGGAUGUUUGGUAACAUCGAUCUGAACGAUAGCGGCGAAAACAAUGCGUUUUUGCCUUUUAUGCAAGGUAUGAUGCAGAGUUUACUCUCGGCUGAUGUGCUGCUGCCCAGUUUGAAGGAUCUUACCGAAAAGUACCCAGAGUGGCUGCGUGAAAACGGUGACAAAAUCUCCACCGAAGAUAAAGAGAGAUACGAAAAGCAGCUGAAAUUAAUGGAGGACGUGUGUCGAGAGCUGGAAAAGGAGAAACCAGAUGACUCAGCAGAAGUGAAACGAGUUCGGUUCCAAAGUGUACUGGAUAUGAUGCAACAUAUGCAAGAUUUAGGACAGCCGCCCGCCGAUUUAGUAGGCGAUAUGGGUCCAGGUAAUCUGAAUAUACCCAUGAUAGAUCCGACUGCCUUCAACGAUCCGAACCAAUGCGCCACAAGCUAAUUAUUUAGCUAAUGGUCGGAGGCUAUGGGCUUUAUUGUUAGUUGUUGGGGCUAAAUUUUUCAAUUUACCAGUCAUCCUUCCGCAUCGAGAGCAACUGUGUAACAUCCUAGUGGGUUUCUCGCAACACGUUUUUAUGAGUUAUUAGUAGGGUAAUAUGGUACAGUGUAUUACCUUUUCAGUUUCAGAAAAACGUUUGGCGCUAAUUUUACUAUCGACUAUUUUUAGAACAAACUGCUGGAUAGUUAUCAUUUGCAGAUGGCUAUAUUUAUACUUUUGAUAAAUCAAAAUUCAAUAAACAGACGAAAAUCAUUAA